AUGUUAGCUAAUGUACAAAUAAAUAAUUUUAAAAUAACAGGUCAGGUUGGUUCAGGUUCAUACGGGUUAGUUUUUCAUGCUGUGGACAUGAUAACGGAUGGUGAGUUUGCAAUUAAGGCAGUUAUGAAGCAAUCCGGUGAGCAAGACCGCGCGCUAAACUCGACUUCGCGGGGCGACGUAAAGCGGUCGGCUAUAUUGCAAACUCAGCUUUACCACUUUUUCAAAUCGUUCCAAAACAAGGUUUACCUGCCUAGUAUAGAUAUGGAUUCAAUUCGGCGGCUAAGUAAGAAAGAACUUGCACAUGCGCCACACUAUCAAGAACUGGCAAUGCACCUCACAGUGAAUUCGCAUAGCAAUAUUGUUACGAUUCAUCAAAUUUUGGAAUCAAGUCUGGCUACAUUUAUCGUCAUGGAUUAUUACCCUAAUGACAUGUUUACGUCCAUUGUGAAUGCCCGGCAUUUUGCUGGAAAUGGACUGCUAAUCAAGAAAGUUUUUCUCCAGCUGUGCAGUGCACUUCUGCAUUGUCACCGCAAUGGUGUUUAUCACUGCGAUAUAAAGCCCGAAAAUAUCCUUUUUGACGCGAACGAUAACGUCUAUAUCUGUGACUUUGGGUUAUCAACCACAAGUGCCGAGCUUCCCGGAAAUGUUUGUGUUGGAUCUUCUUAUUACAUGGCGCCUGAACGCAUGACGAACAAUGGUGCGGAGUACUCGCCAACUGAAUCGGGCGAUAUUUGGUCACUAGGGAUAAUCCUAAUAAAUCUGGUCUGUAUCCGCAAUCCAUGGAUGAAGGCGGACAGGACUCGCGAUAGCACUUUCAGGUAUUUUGUUCAGGACCCGCGCAUUCUUCUACAGAUUCUUCCGUUAUCUGAAGACCUCUUUUCAAUUGUUUGCUCUGUGUUACAUCUCGAUCCGCUGCGUCGAAUUUCGUUACCGGCACUCAUGGAGUCGAUUGCCAACUGUGAAAGUUUUACAACUGAGGGCCCUCUAGCGCACGUAGACUGUCUUUCUGUUGAGCAAUAUACACGCUUCCUCGAGGGCGAUCUGGGCUAUAAGGUGCGCUACGCGGUCAACAAUUACUAUAUGGAAGAUGACUACGAGGAUAGAGAACAGGACCUCUCCUACUAUACAUACGAUGGGGAUAUAGAAGUAGAUAUAUUUGCUGAUGAAGAUGACAUUGGGAAUGAAAACAAUUCCCAAUGCUUCUACGGUAGCACUACGCCUGAGAGCUCCCUAGCUGGCUGGUAUUCUCGUCAAAAACUCCCUGCCACUUUCGCUGCCAGGCUGCAGCUCAUAAAUUAUAGUACGUCAUACACCACUUGUUUAUAG